ACAGCCUACAACUGAAACAUUAAGUGUAACUGUGUGCUCGACUUCUUCACUCACUUUCUCUGUUUUCUGGACUCAAGUCAUGUCGAACAACGCCGCCCCGAACAGCAGUUUAGUUAUCGCUCAGAAGGCAGUGAAGCAGCUCCGUCUUGAGGCCAGCGUCCGUCGGAUAAAGGUUUCUCAGGCUGCUGCAGAACUGAAGACCUUCUGUUUGCAAAAUGCUCACAAAGACCCUCUCCUCACCGGAGUGCCCUCCAGCGAUAAUCCAUUCAGGCCUCCCAAAUCAUGUGUCCUCCUCUGAGGGCUGUGAAAGAGUGCAAACCACUCAUCAAUAGACUCCUGUUCAUUCCCACUUCUGUUCCUGUGUCCUACUGCCACUGAAGAUAAAGAAAAAACAGAUCCUACACACACACACACACACACACACUGGAGCAGCUAAGGAAUGACACCAACAAUUUCAGUUGAAAAAAUGUGCUAAAUGUAUUGCACUUAUUUUGAUAAAGUGUGUGUUUGCAGUUUAAAAGCUGUUUCCUGUUUGUUUAUAUUGCAACCACUGGUUUGAUGUUAUGCUCGGUUUUAAGGUGGAGAGGUCUAUAAUAUGGAUUUUUAAAAAAUGUUUAUCAAACACCAGCUACAUCAACUACACCAAAGUUCACUGCUGUAAACAUGAUUCCACUUGAUACAAACAGCUGAGGAAUUGUGUAGUGCUGUGUUUAUUCAAGCUGUCAUAAUCUCAUAUACACUAAACAUUACUUGACCUGAAAUCGAUCGUAACACUUGUGUUUAAAACAUAAAUCUUCACUUAACUACUGCUAACUAGCAAGCUGACAUUCCCAUGUACCACUAUGGAAAUGUCCAGGUUGGAACAUGGCUUAAAUAAACAUGCAUGUGCUUACAUCACAAACUGACUGUGAUGUGAAGAGGACUGGAAAAUUAUUGUUAGCCUAUAUUUGCAUGUAUUUAAUGCCGUUAUAAAACAAAAUCCAGAAAGUGUUUUACAAAAACAAUUCAUCAUCCUGCCAGCUGUUGACUGUUAUAUAUCAUGCUUACACAUAUUUUUGCUUGCAUUUGUGGCAAAUUCUUUCAA